AUGGCCGACUCGAUGGACGUAGACAAGCAACCCGCUCCCCAAGCUUCCGGAAGCGUGGCCAAAGGAAAGGGCACUGCUGGAAACAAGGACGAGCCUCGAUUUGUAGUGAAAAAGUGGAACGCUGUCGCUCUCUGGUCGUGGGAUAUCGUCGUCGACAAUUGCGCGAUCUGCAGAAACCACAUCAUGGACCUCUGCGGCUGCACCGUUGCUUGGGGAGUCUGCAAUCACGCCUUUCACUAUCACUGCAUCAAUAGGUGGCUCAAGACUAGGAACGUUUGCCCGCUUGACAAUCGAACCUGGGAACUCCAGCGUUACGGACGUUAA